UCGACGGACUUCCAUCACUGGGAUAAUGCUUCUUUGUGCUAAGGGCUAAAACCCUUUGACUUGCAGCAGAGUGGGCAGAGCAAUGAAGGACAUUCGAGUCCCGCAAUCCUGUUUAUGAAACUCCCUUGGCUUGGAUUCCGUGUGGGUCCGAAUUCCGUUAUCGUCAACAUGCUGGAGUCAUCAAGGUAAUUGAGAAUGCGUCAUUGGGUCUCGAACCAAAUGGCCAUGGGUGGACAUUUGCUGGAGCUCAAGCAGCUGGGAAGAUUAGGCUUGAGCUCUGUGGCUCAGGGUUUAGCAAGGCUACCGCGUCUAGAGAAACGCAGGAGUUGCGCGAAGCCGAAUUCUUGUUCGAUUGCAUUGGGAGGUGAAAGAUUGCGGCAUGGGUUUGUGUCACUUGCCACAAAUUCGAAUGGUUGGGGAGGGUUUUCUUCAGGGUUGGGUGCUAGAGCAGUUUUCGUUUCUGCUGCUGCCAGUGAUGGUGAAGGGAGAGAAGCGGAAGGUGUUGCGGAUGAAGUAGCUGAGGAGUUGGAUUUGAUGGAGAAUAGCACAUUUCUGGCACGUCCCGAGGAGUUGACAUCAGUGAAUCGCCGUGAUCCUCCCAACUUAUUUUUCUACGUAUCUGGGUUCUGUGUGAUUGUGUUGAUGCGCGGCGUGAUUCAGCGAGAACUUGCUGGUUGGGGAAUGACUUUCGGUCGACUCGGAUCACUGGCCGGCGAAGGUAUAGCAAUUGGACUUGGGAAACUCACAAAUCUGUUAGCGGAGCCUAUUGCUUUUGUGAUCGAUAUCCUUAGCUGGGUAAUAAUGGCAAUCAAUGACAUCUACACCCUAAUCGUGGAGGGUGCCCCCAUCGGACCUCUCUGCAAAUCCCUCCUUCUCUCUUUAGCAGUUCUUAGCAUAGGGGACGCCACAGCAUCCAAGAUCAGGGGAUCCCGCACACGGUUGGUGGGACUUGCAACAGUUAUUGGCUUGUUUGGGGCGUUUGAAUUCAUUCCCCCUGAGGCUGUCGUAUGGAGCUUAAUCCUCCUCACAGCAUUUGCCAAAUUCAUUCAAAAAGCAGAUCCUGUUACAACAUUUAUGCCGGCGACCGUGACUCUUGUUGCAAUUUCGGAACCUGUAUUACGAGCUACAGCAUUUGGCCUCUUUCUCGCCGUAUCGAUGUACACCAAUUUGAGAGCUGCACAACAAUCUGCGCAGGCCGAACCGACUGAGCAUACGCCCUCUGAGCUGCGUGAAACAGAAGCAAGUGCCGGGAAGAGGCCGUCGUUUGUUUUCUCGGCCAUUACAGCGUCUAUUUGCAUCAGCUUGUCAUCAAGACUCUUAUACUCUCGUUCAGUGAAAUGGCUCCUACUAAGGACCGUGAUGGGUUCAAAAACAGGCUGAAACAUAUGUAGACGAUGGCUUGAUGAAUCAAGCUCGAGCUACCGUGAGGACUCAUAGAGUUGCAUCAGAGAGAGUGCGGGAAUGUGCAUUAUAGAAAUCGUAGGAAACAGAAACUUUCAAGGGGUCAACUCUUGCAUGUACACACCAGUUCCACCACAGCUGAAAUUCAAACCAUUUUGUAUCUUGAAAUUUUUAUGGA